AUGGAAGCACAACAAGAGAGAUACGGUUUGGAGUCUCUGCUGUGGGCGCUCUCGACUUCGGCGUUCUUUCCGGUUAUCUUCAGCGGAACUGCUUUUGCGAAUGCCUCGGAAUGGCCUUGGUUGCUGCCAGCAACCGAGUGGACGGUAACGCUGCACAGAACACGCACCCUGCUGGGGGCACUGCUCAAUCGGGACUUGACAAACACGUCUGCGAAAGCGCUAACCGACAUCCUGCUUACCCUCGUUAAAACUAUAUACCUUCUGCAGCGAAAACGAGUCCGGAUGCGAUCCUUGGACGAUGCUUUGACCGAUAGUACCGAAGCGUCGCGACUAGAGCUGCACAACACUGGAGACUUGGAGGUGGUUCAGUCACAGAGGCGCCUGUUCCAUGCGCUGGGACUGCCCGCGCCGAGCGCAGUGCCCGACGCAACGGCACUGCGGGAAAUGGGGCUUGCUGUGCCUGAGGACGAGCUUGAGGGCGCAUCCCUUCGAAAAAUGCUCUUUCUAGAAGCGGUGCGACGGCUGCGGCUCCUUCGUCAUCAGCACCCGUCGAUUCUCUCCGCCCAGCGAAUGCUCGCAUCCCACGCGCACCUGGCAUCCGUAGAGGCGUUGGACGCCGAACGGCUGCAGACGCUGUUCGAUGACCUAUUCACAGAGUAUACCGCACGUCGAGCAUUGCUUUUAGAACGAUUCGAGCUCACUCUAGAGGUGUUUCUCGCCGCGAAGCGAUCGAGUGCGUUGACCCUUUGGUGUCAACUCAUCACACAGCGAUUUCGCGAGACCGUACAACCAUACUUCCAUAUCUAUGACGUGCGUGCGAUACGCACAGACACUGAGCAGAACCGGUCCAUCUUGCCACGAUCGGCACCGGGUGUUAGGGCAGCCCCCAUAAAGCACCUGCGCAUCGGCGAGAUGCCUGAUCGCGGCGGCCGUGUCACUGGAGCAACGGCGCUCGUUGCAGGGCUGUCAGCGCUUGGCACCUCGUCAAACGGACAGAAGCGUGAACAGAAAAGCGAACGCUCUCCGAAGAAGCGCGAGCGGGCGGAACGGCGUCGACCUUGA